AUGAUUCCUCGCUUUUUCCGACUGGCACAACUUGCUCGACCAUAUGUUGAGUCUCAGAUGCAAGACAAGCGUGCUCCUCCAACUACACUUCCCCCAAAGAUUGUCAAAGUAUUUAUGGGGGCUAUGGAUCAAGAAGAUAGUUCUGCAAUUGAAGCUCUCUGGUCUACCUUCAGAUAUUCAAUCUGGGGAGUGCUAAGUGCAAUUGAAGCCAAGGAGGAAGAUAUCACUAUAUACAAUAAAUUUUCUCUGACUCUUGGAACUUUGGAUUCAGACAUCUUGACACUUGGGGAGCCUGUCACCCACCAGGCAACCCUAUUCACAUUAACGAGUGGUGCUCUCCCCAUCUACACUACUUCUCUUUAUUGCCGCAAAUGUAAACGCCGAUAUCACCAUAACUACAUUGUCCACAACUCUUCAAAUACACGCACCUACUAUGGUGACGUACCUGAUGUGAUACAGGUUGCCCAACAUUUCUUCAUUGAGAGCUCCUUGCUUGAGUUUUUUGCAAAUACGAAAGUUUUCGGUUGGUUAUCAUCAUCAAAUUGUGCACGAAUAUACAACACCUCUUUAUGUGUUCCCCAUGCCCACAUUCUCAACAACAAACUUGCCUUUCAGUCCAAUUAUCACAGAUACGAGAAAGCAAAUGUUGAUUGGCAGACUUCACUGUCACUUCAAGAUGUGGAUGUACUCAACGGGUUUUUCCUAUAUUCUCUUCUACUUGAGAAAGCAGAAAGACGAACUAUUCUGCAACUUCCCCAUAACGAGAGCUCACAAAAGGAUCGCCUUGCCCCUGCACUCCAGGAGCGCAAUCAUCUCAUAGAGGGUAUCGGACAAGAGCAAUAUCCCCAUGCCUGCAAUCUGUGCUUCAUUGUCUUCCAGGACAAAAGUGGGAAGCUGAUGAAAAUGCAGGCAGCUGUUUGUGAUGGUGAUAUGAUCGGCCACCCCUGCUGUGCAGUGCAUGACUGUAAAGACACUCUUGUGAACCACAGAAAUCGCUUCUGUGCUCAGCACAACCACCUGAACUUCCAGUGCGCAGUAGUUGAUUGUGUCACAGCAUCUGAGGUCGGCUUCAAGACCUGUACCGAUCCCGAGCAUCGCCAUAUUUCAGUUACGCGCAAAACUCAAAAAGCAGGAGCUAUAUCUGCUGUAAAUUCAAUACUGUUGGACCUGGACACUGGCGAAGGCGAUGACGAGGUUAUCAUUGAAGCAACAAUGGAGGAAGACAACAUGAGUUGUGGUGAAAAACCAGAAACCGGAAACCGCAAACUACGAGCCAUGUUUGGAAGGCGACGAACACAUAAUGAACAGUUGAUUAUGCGCCCUUGUGGCAUCAUUCUCUUGCGAGCGACAUUCUUUGGAUCAGAAGCUAUAUCUGCUGUCAAUACAUUUGUGAAGGCUACGUUUCCGACACCUGAAUCUACUCCUGAGUACUUCAUCUUUGACAACAACUGCAAGUUGGUCGCACAUCAACGUGUAAUAGGUGACAGGCAUUUCAAAGACACAGCCAUGCCUGUCGAUGUCUUCCAUUUCAACACCAAACACAAGGAGUCCGACCUCCAUUGUCAAACACAUUGCAAUCCUGCAGCAUUUCCGGAGCUUAUCGAUGCAAACAACAAGUGGAAAUUUAAUACUUCCAUUUGCGAGCAAACCAAUGUAUGGCUUGGGGGGUAUCAGGCAAUUCUUCGUGAUAUGGAGGUGACACGUUUUAAUUUCUACCUUGAUGAGAUGAUCAAACACAGAAAUCGAUAUACCAUUUUGCAGUUACAUUCAAAGGGACACCAUCCAUGGCAUGUUCCGGUGAAGGCAUGGUUUCCUGACUGCUAG